GCUCUAUAGUCUAUGUCUCUAUGUGUCGAUCUCCCAGUACUUGAAGACUGGCUGCUUGCUCUCUUCUGCCAGUGUUUGCAGUGAGCUGAGCUGAACCGAGCCCGGCCGGUGGGUGAGGGCACUCGCCCUGCGAUGGGCCCACCAUGCUGUCGGCCAGGAAAGAGCUGGUGGCCGAGGAGUACGUGCUGCGGCUGCAGGAGGAGGUGGUGGCACGUCCCCGCUGCCGGGAGAGGCCACGUCGGGCUCGCUUCGUCGACAAGCACGGCGCCUGCAAUGUGGCGCACACCAACAUCCGAGAGCAAGGCCGCUUCCUGCAGGACGUCUUCACCACGCUGGUCGACCUGAAGUGGCGGCACACGCUGCUCAUCUUCACCAUGAGCUUCUUGUGCAGCUGGCUGCUGUUCGCCAUGAUCUGGUGGCUGUUGGCAUUCGCUCACGGCGACCUGGACGACGGAGGAGGUGGAGGGGGGCCAUCUCCCCCGGCCGUGCCCUGCAUCACCAGCCUCCAUUCCUUCACCUCGGCUUUCCUCUUCUCGGUCGAGGUGCAGGUGACCAUCGGCUUCGGCGGGCGGAUGAUCACCGAGGAGUGCCCGUUCGCCAUCGCCGUGCUGCUGGCGCAGAACAUCGUGGGGCUGGUGGUGAACGCCAUCAUGAUGGGCUGCAUCUUCAUGAAGACGUCGCAGGCGCGGCGGCGGGCCGAGACGCUCAUCUUCAGUCGCUCGGCGGUGGUGGCGCCGCGGGACGGCCGCCUGUGCCUCAUGUUCCGUGUGGGCGACCUGCGCACCUCCAUGAUCAUCGGCGCCACCGUGCGCGCGCAGCUGGUGGGGCGGGCGCGCACGGCCGAGGGGGAGGUGCAGCCGCUGCGGCAGCUCGACGUCUCAUUGGACGGGCCGGCAGGGAGCGGCGGUUCCAUCUUCCUGGUCUCGCCCCUCAUCGUGGCGCACGUCAUCGACGGCUCGAGCCCGCUCUACCGCCUAACGGCCGCCGGCCUGACGCGCGCCCGCUUCGAGCUGGUCGUCGUGCUCGAGGGCGUGGUGGAGACCACCGGCAUCACCACGCAGGCGCGCACCUCCUACCUCUCCACCGAGAUCCUGUGGGGGCACCGCUUCGUCCCCGUCAUCUGCGAGGAGGACGGACGCUACUCGGUCGACUACUCCAAGUUCGGCAACACUGUCAAAGUGUCCACGCCGCCGCUCGGCGCCCGGCAGCUGGAGAUGGAGCAGGCCGAGGCGAGGCACCGGCCCCAGGUCAGCCUGGGGGGCGACGAGAUGGAAGAGGCGGAGGAGGAGGGGGUGGAGAUAGAGGGGGAGGGAAAGGUGGUCAACUUCGAUAUCUCGCCCGGCAUUAGGAGGAGAAAGAGCUCGGUGUUUCAGAGCGACUGUUUGUGAUCCGCAACCCACCUUCCCUUUUUCUCCAGGGUGAGGGGAGGAGAGAAGAUCUCUUCACACCUCUGUACACGUCCCUUCCCAAGUACACACCCCUUCCCAAGUACGCACCCCUUCCCAAGUACACACCUCCAAACAUGUACACGCCCCCUCUCAUGUACACACACCUCUCCAGACUCCCUCCCAUCUACACACCUCUACGGACCCCCUCCCAUGUAUACACCUCAACAGACCCCAUCCCGUGUACACAUUCGCCAUACACGUCUGCACAAACUACUAUCCUAUAUACACACUUGUCUAGAUCCCUUCCAUGUGCCUCUAUGAACUACAGACACCCCCAUAUGCACAUCUGUACAGACCCCAUCCCCAAGUACGUACCUGACUGGAAUUGACAAACAGUAUUCAUUACAGCCUACCUUCACCAGGAUAAUGGGCAGAUUGGGGGGGGGGUGGGGUAAGGAGAUCUAUGUACACACACAAUCACCUGUCUGGAUGCCUUCCCACCACACACAUCUCUUCCCCCUCAAUGCUUGCACACCUAUCUUGAUUCCCCCACAUACACAUGCCUGAGCCCCCUCACACCAGAUGCACACAUCAUCCAUCAUUCACGAUAUCACCUCCCUUCCCCUUCAGCAGAGGUGCUGAAGUUAACAGUUCCCUAUAUACUUAACCUGCAGCCACUGACUUAUCACAAAGCACCAAGAAUAUCUUGAGCAAAAUGCUGGCUCCAGUGAGGGCUUAAAGGAACAUUCACAUCACAGAGCCAUGAAAUCUCAAAUUCUGUUGAUAUGCAAACCAUGAGCCCUAGUAGCAAUGAACAGACACGCAUUACACUAUUUUUCUGUUGCUUUUAAUACUACCACAAGACAAUCACACAAAUGUUCUGAUCAGAAACACAUUUGUCAAAAUGCAAAUACGCACAUCGCCUGUCUGGACCUCCAGAUAUAUAUAAUCUGAUAAUCACUCCUGCAUAGAAUCACCCAGCCUUUCAUUUUAAAAUAUAUCUGAAACAAAUGUAUUAGUUAGAGCACGCUUCUUGGCUAUUGGUUUUGACAGGAAUAUUUAACAAUAAUUCCAACAGCAAAUGUCAGGAUUCUGCAUCGUGCACUAAUAAUUUAACCAAGCUGGCCAUGUCCUCAUGGGAUUGAGGAUAACUGGGUCCAGCUGAAGUUCUAUGGUCAGUAGUGGUCAGAUGAUGGCCACGUUGGAAUUCCUAGCACGAGAUUGGAAAGACGGGUUGUAUUCACUGGAAUUUAGAAGGAUGAGAUGGGAUCUUAGAUGCAGGAAAAAUGUUCCAAAUGUUGGGGGAGUCCAGAACCAGGGGCCACAGUCUAAGAAUAAAGGGGAGACCAUUUAAAACUGAGAUGAGAAAAAAAACUUUUUCACCCAGAGAGUUGUGAAUUUGUGGAAUUCUCUGCCACAGAAGGCAGUGGAGGCCAAUUCAUUGGAUGAAUUUAAAAGAGAGCUAGAGCUCUUGGGGCUAGCGGAAUCAAGGGGUAUGGGGAGAAGGUAGGCACUGGUUACUGAUUGUGGAUUAUCAGCUAUGAUCACAAUGAAUGGUGGUACUGUCUCAUAGGGCCGAAUGGCCUCCGCCUGCACUUAUUUUCUAUGUUUCUAUGAGGGCUAAAGAAAAUUAGUAGUUUUGUAAAUGCUGUGCCCCUUCUUCCAUUUGCAGUGUGCUCCAAUCAAUUGACUUGAAGUUCAUAAAUACCGUUUGGCAUUGUAAGUUGCAACGAACCAGGGAUUCACAGGAGUUUGUUGACAUUUUUUAAUCAUCUCCUUUUCCCCUUGUAAUUUAUUAUCUUAAUGAAGAUUGGAGUAGCGUGUUUGAUUCUGAUUCAUGGAUUGUCCCUUGGAGCUGACAGUGCAGUUAGGUCCCCAAUGCUGAGGAUAUUGGCCAGGGAGAGAUUAUUGAUUGACAUUGGUCCGCUAUGUAAGCGUAGUGGCAGGUGGGAUAUUUGCCACGUGGUAAACCAUGGCCUAUGUUCCUGUGCAGGUGGUAGUAAAUGUCAUGCUCAGUGUAUGCCUUCGUAGACAGGUAGCUACUGUUGCUCGUGAAGUUCUCCCCAUUUAUAAUGGCCUUUAUUGUCAGGAGGCAGUUUUGUAGAGUGAAGCAGCUUGGAAGAGGACUUUACUUUUAUAGAUGUUUAAUAUAAGGCCAUGCUUUAGUGAACAAGUCAGCCAUAAUUUGGAGCCAAGCCUCUGAACAUAAAGAGACUGAAGAGACAAGGUAUAGCAGAUGCUGGUUUACCAAAAAAAUGCAGGUCUGGAAAAACUCAGGGGGUCAGAGAGUAUCUCAUAGAUAGGUGACGUUUAGUAGGGGGGGAGAAAGCUGGAAAAGACGUGGAGGCAGGACAGAGCCUGGGAAGUGAUAGUUAGACUGAGAAACCAUUUGCGUACUGUAGCUCAACAAUGGUUCGGGGUAGUUGGUCUAAAGUGGAGCCGUUACAAGUUUAAGUUUCCUAUUCAUCCUGUAGAUUAAUUCAACUCCCAUGGAUAGCUUGUGCUAGAUAAAUGCAAGUUUAAGUAAACUGUUCAAGUAUUGACAUAACCUUGUGUUACUAACCUAAUAAAUUUAUUAGAUCAUCAUAGAACAGUACAGCAUAAGAACAGGCUCUUCAGCCCACAAUAUCCAUGUUCAAUAUGAUGUCAAAUAAUUUCCUACACCUGCACAUGAUCCAUAUCCCUCCAUUAUUUAUAUAACCAUGUGCUUGUCCAAAAGCCUCUUAAAUAGUAUGACUGUAUCUGCCUCCACCACCACACCUGACAGUGCGUUCCAGGCACACACUACCCUCUGUAUAAAAUAACUUUGCCCCUCUCACCGUAAAGCUAUCCCAUCAAAUCUUUGACAUUUCCACCCUGGGGGAAAAAGGUUCUGACUUCCUAUCGAAUAUUGUACGUGCAUACUACUGCAGUACAUCCUGGAUCUAUACUUUCAUUUUUAUUCAUACCACUUUGUUGUUUAGCUGGCAAAUGGCACUUCUUCCCAAAAUUGUAUACAUGCUGACUAAUUGUAGAAGAUGUUUUGUUCAGAAAAAUGUCAUGACUUAAGAAAGGCUGGUAAAACACAGAAUGGCAUUUUAGGACUAUAUUACAAUGCAGAGGAUGGCAUGCUAUUCAUUACAGCCAAAAAUAACUUUAUAAAUUAAUGGCAAGUAUCUAAGCUUGUCUUCGGCACUAUGGUGAUAAAUUGUAUAUUGCGGACUUAUUGUACAUUUAUUAUGUUAUCCUUAAAUUGAUGUUUGUUACCAUGCCCCAUUUUCAAAAUAUGAAAAAUUAAAUCCCAAAAAUUGAGUGAAGCAAUAAUUCAACCUGUAAAUGUUGAAACUAUACUUGAAUGAUUGAAAAUAAACUAGUUGACUACUGUUAUAAUUCUUAUAACGGCCAAGAAUGAAAAAGCCACCCAGGGAUGUAUCCAGGAAUAUGAUGAAAUAGAAGUUUUUGUAAACAUUAUAUAUUUAUUAAUCUUCUGUAUUUUUAAUACAAUAUGUAUUGAACUUUUCAGAUGCAAAUAUGUGCAUUCUUAAAGUAUGAUCAGUUUCAAAUGAAUGUUCUUGAAGUUUUAUUUUGGAAUGGGAAGAAUAAUAGUGAUAUAUGCUAAAGCAGAGACUUAUUUAAAAGGAUUUUCCUCUAUUCCAGGGGAAUUAGGUUUUUAUAUUACUUAUUGAUAAGAAUUUGGAACAUAAUAAUAAUGUAAAUGUAUUUUGGCAAUAAGAUUGAUAUUUGGAAUGAACUGCCAGAGCAGAUUGUUGAGGCAGGUACUAUAACAGCAUUUCUAAGACUCUUGGACAUGUACAUAGAUAGGAAACGUUUAGAGGGAUGUGGGCAAAACAUGAGCAAAUUAGACUAGUUUAGAUGGGGCAUC